GCCAGGUGGAUCUGGCUAAGAGCCUGGGCUCCAGCGUGCCCCAGACGUGGGGAAGUGACUGCAAGCUGGCAGGCGAAGGCGAGAGCACUGUUGGCCCCAGGAUCCAGCUCUGGGAAGCUGGGAUUCUUUCCCAGACGCUGGCUCCGAGGAACACAAUGGAAGAGGAAGGGGUAAGAAACUUCAAGGAACUUCGAGCCAAAUUUCAAAAGUUUGAUGCCCCACCUUUCCCAGGACCGCUUAAGUUGCCAGCUGGUGUUUCUCGAAAGGAUGACAGGGGACACACACAGUCAGCCCAGAGUCUGGCUAGUGGGAAGGGCCUCUCAUCCAAUCACCAUCCGCCCCUGUCUUCUUCUUCCACUGAAGUGUGCCAGCCUCUUAAAAGCCAGGAAAUUAAGUCGGCACAGAGAGGUGAAAUUCAGAAGAAUUCACGUUCCUCGGGACCUCUGGAAAAGUCUGCUGUGUGUCCUGCAAGAAAUUCCCAGGAAGCUGCCAUGCCACGGGAUGGAAGUCGAUCAAAAGCUGAGACAUCCAAUGAGGAGAAAGGACUGGUCCUCAGCAGCUUCAGAUUUAAGCUUUGGAACUGGGAGAAAUUUUUAUCUCAGAACAGUAAGAUGUCCUCAGCUCCGCCUCUUACCAACUGUGGGAAUAAGACCUUCCAUGUGGAAAGUCAGAAAACCACAGGGCUUGCUCAGAUAAAACCAGAGACGAGCCCGGAGACAACAGAAGUCCAGACCCUUCCUCCCCAGAGCCAUCUGAUGGUCCGGAGAAAAUCACCUGUGGCCUCUGAAGCCUCCCCUUUGCCACUUCCUCGGCAUGGCAGGAAAGGUACACACAGCCCGGGUGCUGAGGAGAGCCCCAGGAGCAGCCUGUGCCAGCCUGUUUAUGAGUGCGAGCUUACCAGCCCAGUUCCAGAUGAGCCAGAGAGCAGGCAUCAACAGCUUCCCAAAAUAAAGCCACUGCCUUCCAUUGAGACCCUCGGCCCACCUCCCAAGAAGCCUUCAAAACCCCCAUUUGUGGACCUCCAGGCCUUCCAUAGGCAGCCAACUGCUGUCUCUAAGACCCUGAAAGAAGUGACUGUGAAGGAGGGCCCCCUGAUUCCAGAUGGGGCUGAGUUGGAAGAAUCACAUAAUUAUGACAUAACAAUUUCAUAUUUGAGUCACUCUUGCAACUCCAUUAACCCAUGUGCUGCAGGAGAAACGGCUGAUGCCACUUAUGAAAUUGAAAUUGAAGAACUCCAAAAGCCUUGGAGGAGUUUUCUCCAUCCAGAGCUGAGCCCUAGACCUAAGGACGAAGAAAACAAUGUGAAGGAAAAACAGCCAUGGGAAUUAGAACCUCAAAAGCGAGAGGACUCAUAUCCUGACCACCCUUCCGAGGCAGGUGUCUAUGAAGGGACACCAGAAGAAGGCCAUGAGGACAGAAGAAGUGCUCCAGCUCUCCUUGACAUGACUGACAUCACUCUGAACAGGCUCUUCCCCGAGGAUGUGAUGCUGACCAGGCCCUACCAAGAUAAGGGUGGGUAUGUGGAGGCUUUGGAGGUGACCAAAGAAACCCCAAGUCCAAGUACCAUUAGGUCAAACUCCUCUUCAGAGGAGACUUAUGACGAUGUGGGGUGCUCCAGAGAAGAUCUACCCAAGUGGGACUUCUCCAGCUCAUUCACCUCAGACAGCGAGGAAAAUAGUGAAGACAUGUAUGAAGAUAUCUACAAAGCAAAGAAUAAUGACAAAAAAACAAAUGUAGAUGGAAGAGCAGCCCUGAGAAGACUGCAGCAGCUCUUCAGGAAUGAGAAGGGCAUAUUCAGAAUGAAGAAAGCCAAGUCAAAUGUCAGCAAUGGAUUUUCCAUGUCACUUCCUGACUUAGGACUCGGGUCUGAGGACAUUACCAUCUAUGAUGAUGUGGACACAAGUGAGAAAGAAUCAAAAGAUGAAGACAAAUUAAAAACUUGGAAGCUUAAGUUUUUGACAUCAAAGUGGAAAAAGGGGGAAAAAGGCAGUGAAGGAUCCAAAAGUUUUUCUCCCAGAAAUUUCUUCAGAGCUAAGAAGCACAAUUUAGAAAAGAAUAGAAUGGAAAAAGAAGAAAAACUUUUCAGAGAAAGAUUUCAGUAUGGUAAAGAGAUUGUGGUCAUUAACAGAGCAGUAGCGUGCUCUAGCAAUUCACGAAAUGGAGUAUUUGACCUGCCAAUAACUCCUGGAGAACAGCUGGAAGUUAUCGACACCACUGAAGAAAACCUAGUGAUAUGUCGCAAUUCCAAAGGCAAAUAUGGAUAUGUGCUCAUUGAACAUCUAAAUUUCAAGCAUCAGGGCUGAUUCCAUUAGGAAGGUCUGCGUAAGUCAGGAUGUGCCCAAGCUGUGAGUCCAGCCCCACAGCCCUUCCAGUUCCUGUGUCAAAUGAGAUGGGCUGUGGAGACUUCUGUCAGAAACUCAGAAGAAAAUCCUCAACAUGUCAAUGUUGGUUUGACUUCAAAAAAGUUUGUCUUUCAAUAUCUAUUUUACUGCUGGUUCAAGAGAUUGUGAAACAGAAUGUUAGCAUGCGAGCACUUGCCUAAUGAGCCACAUCCCAAGUUAGACAUCUUGCCUUAUGGCACCAGUGAGCUGUGCAGAUGGUUAGUGAACAUCUAAUGUUAGUACACGUCAAAUGUAAUUUCUUGGUGCACAUCUACAUUUCAUAUGAAUUCUAAGUGGUAAAGAAUGUAACCAUGUUACUUUAAACAAAACAACACCUGAGCCAUA